AUGGAUUCAUUUAAUACAAAUUUACCAAGCAAAAAUGUAUUACUUGAUAAAAUACAAAUUUUAAAUUUAUUUAAAAUUUUUGAUAAUUUGCCAUUUGAACCUAAGAAUGAAAAAGAAAUAUGGUACAUUGUUAAUAAGGAAUUCAUUGACAACUUAAGAAAUUAUGAAGCAGGUAAAGUUAAUUGCUAUUCGAAUGUUAUAAAUAAUAAAAUAUUUAUAGAGGAUUGUAAUAAUGUAACAACGAAAACAAGACUAUUAAAAGAAUAUGAAAAUAAUAAUGGUAUAAGUUUUGUUUUAUACCCAGAAAAAGCUAUAAAAAUAUUAGAAAAACAUUUUGAGUUUAACAUAAAAAUACCGAGAGUAGUUUAUCCUUACAAAAUUAGUAGAAGAGACAAGAUUAUUUAUAAAGUGGACAUUCAGCCAUUAAAAAUUGUUGUUUAUUCAAAAAACCCUAAUGAAUAUUCUAAUCCAUCUAGAAUGAAAAUAGUCAUUUUACGAAAUGAUACAAUAGAAAAUAUUUUAAAAGAAAUAUUAGGAAAUUUUGAUAAAAAUAAUUUUAAGAAGAAUUUAUUUUAUGCAGAUGAUUUAGAUAAUAGAAAAGAAAAAAAUUGGAAAUGUUUAUAUAUUCAUGAUGAUCAUGAUUACUCUAUGAAUAAAAAAGUGUAUGAAUAUGAUAUUGAUGAAACAAGUUGUUUAUUAAUUAGUAGUGAAAGACCAGAUAUAAAGUGUUUAAUGAAUAAAAGUGAUAAUAAUUAUAAUUAUAAUAGAAAAGAAACAAAUAGAAAAAUAGAAAAUGAAGAAGAUUCAAUAAAGACGAAGAGUAUCCAAUAUAUAUUCGAUAAGGGAGGUGAUCGAGGUCUAAUAAAUUUAGGAAAUACAUGUUUUUUAAAUUCAUCUCUACAAUGUUUAUCCAAAAUUCUAAAAUUUUCUAAUUAUUUUUUAAGUGGUACUUUUUGGAAUCACAUAAAUUAUUCCAAUCCUGUUGGUCAACAUGGUAGAUUAGCAAAAGCUUAUUACGAGACUUUACUAGAAAUGUGGAAAAUUAAUAAGAGAGAUGAGCCAUAUGCACCUAAAGCAUUAAAGCAAGCCAUCAGCGAAAAAAGAGAUGAGUUUUAUGGAUAUCAACAACAUGAUUCUCAAGAAUUAUUAGCUUUUUUAUUAGAUGGAUUACAUGAAGAUUUAAAUUUGAUUAGAAAAAAACCAUAUUAUGAGGAAAAGUUGCAAGGUGGUGUAGAUAAAUUAGAUAUAGAUGUUGCUGAGGCUUCAUGGAAUAGACACAAAGAAAUUAAUAAUUCAAUUGUUGUUGAUUUAUUUCAAGGGCAAUAUAGAUCGAGGUUACAAUGCCCUAAAUGUAAGAAGGUUAGUAUUACGUUUGACCCUUUUAUGUAUUUGUCUAUUCCUCUUCCUUCAAAAAAAAAUCAUAGAAUUUGGUUCCAUAUUAUGUUAAAUAGAGAUAUCCCUAUUGGAAUGAGAUUUUCAUGCUCUUUUAAUGGGUCACAAGAAGUGUUAAAGUUGAAAAUAUUUUUUUUAAAUAUUAUUAAAAACUUAAAAAAUAAAAGAAAGAACAUACUUUUACACAGUAAAUCUAUCAUAAAAAAUAAUAAAUAUCCUCAUGAAGGAAAUGCAUUUAAUUUUCAUGCAAAAUAUUUAGAUGAUAAAAAUGAAUUUUGUGAAGAAAAUGAAGAAAACACUGAUAUUAAUAAUUAUAUUAAAGCUAUAAAAAACAAAACUAAAAUAACUAAUACUUUAAAAGAGGCAGAUAUAAGUAGUAUUCAUGAAAGUAUUUGUUCUAUGUGUAAUAUAUCCUCUAUUGAAGAGUUAGAAAUUAAUAAUCUUUCUUUUCUCUAUACAAAAUUCAAAAAUUUAGCAUGUAAUAAUUUUUUUCAAGUUUUAAAUAAUACUGAUUUUGUAACAGAACCUCAUACAAGAAAUGGAAAAGGAAUUAGUCAUAUAUUUGUUUUUAUUUUACCUAAAAUAUUUGGCCAUUUAAUUGAUAAGAAUUUAGAAUUAAAAAGGGAUGAAAAUUUGGAGGUUCUUACUAAUUCAACAGUUACUACAAAUAAUACUAGCUUAAAAGAUGAAGAAAUAAAUAUAAAAAAUGAAACUAAUGAUAAAAAAACUUUGAAAAAUAAGCUUUGCACAAGCAAAAUAAUAAAAAAAAGGAAAGGAAUAUUAUCUAAUUCUUUAAGAAAAGGGGAUAAGUGCCAUCAAGAAGAGGAGGUGGAAGAAUAUGAUGAUGCAGAAGAUGGAAACGAAGUAAAUGUGCAGGAUACUGAUGAUUCAAAUGAAGUUAAUAAAAAUAGUGAAUAUAUUUCUUAUAAUGAGUUACUUAAAGACCGAAUUUUUUUUAGUCAGGAUUUUAAUAAUUUUCAUGACAAAUAUUUUUCUUUGUUAAUUGUACCUAUAUGUAAAGAUGAACAACUUUUGUACAAAAUGAAGAAUAAUGAUCUUCCCCUUUUAUUUAAUGUUCCUUUUAACUUCACCUUACUUGAUUUAUAUAAUAAAGUAAAAACUUCAUAUAAUAAAAAUAUAUAUGUGGAUAAAAUAAAAAAUUUCGAUAAUCAAAGUAAAUUAAGUAAACUAUUUCAUAAAAACAAAAAUGCUGUACAAAAUAUUGAAAGUAAUAAAAAAGAUAAUUUUAAUAACAAUAAUAAUUUUAAUAGCAAUAAUAAUAAUAAUAAUAAUAAUAAUAAUAAUAAUAAUAAUAAUAAUAAUAAUAAUAAUAAUAAUAAUAAUAAUAAUGAUAAUAAUAAUAAUAUUAAUAAUAAUAGUAUUUAUAAUACUACUACUACUACUAAUAAUAAUAAUAGUAAUAAUAAUAGUAUUUAUAAUACUACUACUACUACUAAUAAUAAUAAUGAUAGUAAUGAUAAUUAUAAUAAUUAUUAUUAUAAUUAUGAUGAUAUUAAUAGCGUUAAUAACAGUACUGAUGAUAAUAUAAAUGUGAGAACUAAUUUAAAUGAUUGUGAUGAUUAUUUAGAUAAAUUCACCUUAUAUAUACCAUGUUAUAAUUUAAAAGAAGAAUGGACACCUAAGGAUAAUUUAGGUUUAGAAUUAAAAAGAGAUGGAACUUACUUAUCAGAUUAUAUUAAAAAUUCAGAUGAAAAAAGACUUAUAAUAAUUUAUCUAAAUAGUGUUGCAAUAGAUACCGAAUUAUCAUUAGAUAUCAAGACAUUGACGCUUGUAGAUUUAGAAGAAAGGUAUGGAAUAGAUACAUGUUUAAAAUUAUUUUCUGAGGAAGAACAUUUAGAUGAAAAUAAUACAUGGUAUUGUAGUAAUUGUAAAUUACAUGUACAAGCAUAUAAAAAAUUAGAUUUAUUUCGAAUGCCAAUUAUAUUAAUACUACAUCUGAAACGAUUUAAUAACACAAACAGAUGGUUAAGAACAAAAAUAGAUUCUUAUGUUUACUAUCCACACAAAGAGAAUGAAUAUUUAAAUAUGUCCCCAUAUAUUUUAGAAGAUGGUUUAAAACAUAUGAAAAAAUUAGAUCCUCAUUAUUUACCUAUAUAUGAAUUAAUUGGAGUUAACUGUCAUACAGGUGGAUUAUGUGGAGGUCAUUAUUUUGCUUAUGCCAAGUUAAAAGAUAAAUGGUAUAAUUUUAAUGAUACAUUUGUUACAAGCAUUGAUGAAUCUCAAGUUAAUACAAAAAAUGCUUAUUUGUUAUUUUAUCAAUUGUUAUCUCAUAAAAAUGAAAAAUUCCCAGGUUUUGCUGAAAAUAGAAAUUUAGCAGAAGAACAAGCUAUUGCUAUAGCAAAUGCAAGUUAUUAUAAUUAA